GCCCGUGUACUGAAAGUAUGAAGCAAAAAGUUAUUUUUUUUGUUCUUCUUCACAUUUAAGUUAUAUUACUUUACAUAUCUUAUUUUAUAUUAUUUCAAUAAUUUAAGAUAUGCUGUCGGGUUGCUAUUUUAUUAAAUUUUUUGAAUUAUAUCAUCCGAGCGAAUCAAUACUUUACUUCGGUGCCUGAUUAACAUUAUCAUCAUCGCAUUCCAACAAGUUGUCCAUAUGGAGAUUUAAAAACAUAAAAGUAUUAUGGAAGAUAGUGGAAUUGACAGUGAUCCAAAACCUAUGAAUCAUGUUGAAGAUGAUAGAUUGUUUUUAACAAGCGACAGUAGUUGUAGUAGCAAUCAAGCGCAACCCCCUCAGCGCAGUACUACAAAACAAUUACAAAAAAAACUAGAAGCGAGAAUAGAACAGGCCAAAAGGAUCCAGCGGGGAUCAGACUACAUAAAAUUAUCCAACACUGAUAAAACUACACUAUCCAGUAGUUCGAGUGGUUUGAUACCAAUCCAGAGACUUCCCAUUCCGCACAAGUCUAACGAACAUCAUCCCUUGGUAGAGUACUGGCAAAGUGACAGCGAAAGCGAGGAUGAAACUACUUUAUUUCCAAUCUCGCGGGGCAAGGAUACGAGUAAACAUAAACAAGAUCUUACUGACACUUUCAGUAUCGAAGAACUCAGCGAGGGAAGCGAGGAUUCGUUGAAUCUAGGUCCUACAAAAUUACCUCAUCCACAUACUCGCACGUAUUCUCCAACUGGAUGCUUUAACUGUCAGUGUCAGAUUAUUUAAAUAUUUUAAAAGCUUCCAAUUGAAUAUUUAAUUAAUUAAAAUUAAAUCAAAUCUAAUUCUAAUGUAAAAAUUUAUAUUUUAUAGUUUAUUUACACUUGUAAGCUUUAUUUUAAUGUUAUGUUUAUUUUUAUAUAUAUUUCAUUGAAUCUACAUAGUCUUCCAUACUUUUUUAAUGUCUGUUUAAUUUACCAAAGCGAACAAAAUGCCAAACAUAAGUAAUUUUUAAAAUUGUACACGUGCUCCACGGAGCUGUAAAGCUUAUUUGCAUCAAUUUGUUCUAUUUAUAUUAUAUGCAUACUCACGUCCACUUAUGUAUGUUAAUUUUCACAAAUAAUAUGAUUAUUUUGUCGCUAAGUUAGGGCUGAAUGUGUACUUGCAUACUUGAAAUAGUGAAACAAGUAUAAAAUAAAUAAAUUGAAAAAAGUAAGACGAGAGAUAUAAACUAAAUUAUACGAGUGUUGAUAAAUAUGAAUAAUAAAUGACCAUGUUGAGAAAA